UCUGGCGGCCAUCUUGAAACACAAUAGAGAGAGCGAGACAGAGAGACACAGAGAGAGAGAGAGAGAGAGAGAGAGAGAGAGAGAGAGAGAGAGAGAGAGAGAGAAGGAGGGUGAAGAUGGCCAUGGUUGUUUCUCAGGAGUAUACUGAAUAGAGUGUCUGCGAACGGAGAAGGCUGGUCUGUCUCGGUGGGUCAUGGGGAGUCUGAGGAGAGACGAGAAGAAUGUGUAAUUGUUGUGGGGAGAUUGAUCAGGAUGAGCUGGGACUGGGAAGGAGAUUGGCGCCUACUUGUACAGCGUCUUUACCCGAAUAGUAAGGAGGGCGUUGGAGUGUGCCUCCAGCCUUCCCUUCCGUUUGCGUUUGCGUUUCUUUCUUGCAGACUUUGUGCGUGACUCUCAUCUCGUCUUUGUCCUCCGUUCUCUGCCUGCCCGGACCUGGCAUUCGCCGCCUGACUUGGUUCGGAUAGAUGUGCGUGCCUCCUCGCCGCCGCAUUUGCUGUGCGGCGUACUCCUCUGACUGCCCUCCUCUCUUUCAUUCCAGCUUCGGUUUUGCUACGGAGUAGUGCCGUGCUGGCUCUUGGUCCCUUUCUGAGUAUCUUUCUUCACUCAACUCUUCUCGCUCACUCAUUCACUCACUCUCCCUCUCACAGCUCUCUUUAGCCCCGUCUCUGCGUCCUGCAGCUUUUCACACGUUGAAGGAACACUCCCGCCCCCCACUUGUCGUUUUCUGAAUCUCUCUCUCUCUCUCCCUCUGUUUCUCUCUCUCUGUCUUUCCCUCUGUUUUCCUCUCUCUCCCAAGCUCGUUCGUCUUCUACCACGUCAUUAUCUCUCUCCCUCUCUCUCUCUCUUUCUUUACACACAACACAUCAUACUCUCAUGUCUCUUUCUGAUAGAGCGGCAUCUGCCGCCUCGUAAACUCCUCUCGUAUUGUACACCGUUUGCUGUUUUCUCUCUCCGUCCUCUUUCACUUCUCUCUGUCUCUCUCUCUUUCUCUCUCUUUGCCUCUGUCUCUCUGCAUUUUCCUUCUUUGUCCAAUCACCUCUUCGCGCUUGUUCUGCUUUGCCGUGAGUUCUGGCAUUUGCCUUUCGGUUUACCUGACGGAGGAUUGCAGUGGAGACGGUGGCUCUCUGAGGGGUCCAUCAAUUUGCGUCAAUUGGUGCUGCUCUGCACCCCAGUUGGUGUAAUUUUGUUGGCGGCCCAAGCAAAGACUAAUCACCGGAUAAUCGCCGGAAAAGGCGGAAGGAAACGGACGAAGUGGCGCCCACGUGUUGUCUCCGUCCUCGGACUGCGCCAUCUCCAAGCAGGGCCAGGCGGAGGAGGAAAACUGGCCUGAUGGCGAAGUGGUUACACAAGAUUUUUAGGAAAAAGGUGUCGCCAGACCAUGCCAAGCAAGGGCCGGUCAUUGUGCCACCGCCAUCUGUCAAUUAUGGCGAAAGAGAAGAACCCCGAGGUUGCUCCUGCCUGUCUAAGAACAAGAAGCGAUCAAAUGAUGUGGAUGCGCAGAGAUUUAUUUAUCUGGUGGUGCGACUGCAAGCACGUGUCAGAGGGAAACUGGUCAGGCGGUCGAGAGUGGGACAGCAGGUGCAGAGGCGUAUCGGUGAGAUGUUAGAGCAGAGAAGGCUGCGGAUGCUGGAGGAAGGCUGGCAGGUUCCUAGGGCCAAACCGACAUGGAGGAACACUGACAAGGCGAUGCUGCUGCGUAGACGAGUGGAACAAUAUGUAGCGAGGUACUCCAGCAGACCCAGAAUACGAUCACGACGACUGAAUUCUGCAUCCAGUGGGUCGGUAACUUUGGACCAGGUUCUGUCCAUAUCAAAGUCGGUCACGGAGAGCACAAAAGGGGGAGGAUUGGAAGGAGGGACAGAGAGCAUUGGUGGGGACGGGUUUGGGGAAACACAUCCAAAGCCACUCCUUGGCCUCCAUCUGCGGGCAUCGAAAAAGAAGGACGGGAAGAUACAUGUUCGGCGGAUCAGCUCCUCUCCUGGUGGAAUAAAAGUCAGGACCAAGGCGCAAGAAAUGGAGGGGCAACAAGGAGCAGCAGGAGGAGAAGGAGGAGGAGGAGGAGGAGGUGCGAUUGCGAAUGGGGGAGGGUCAAAUGUGAAAAGCCAGUCUGGGGGAAAGGAAGGUACAGCGAAUGGAAGUGCAGUGGGAGGUGGUGGUGGUGGUGCUCGAGCAAGGAAGAAGCGCAUUAGGCCAAUCGGAACGCGUUCGUUGAAGCCUGGAACUGGUGGCGGAGGAGUGCUACUUGUUAAAAGCAAGACUUUUGAUUCAGGUCCAGGAGUGCAACGCAAGGUAUUGAGACGUGUGCUGACAAGUGACCUUCCACUGGAUGGACGGGUUCUCGUACUGAAACUCGGCGUUCCUAAGAGAGUCUCUGCCCCGAACCCACCUCCAGGGUUCGUGCCAUCAUCAGGAAUCUCCAAGUCCACUGAUUCGCUGGAGUCACUUUCGGGAACGAGGGGCGCAGGAGGACCAGGAGUAGUGGGGGGAGCAGGAUCUGGUACUACAACAAAGGCCGGCCGCAAGAAGGCUGCAGCAGGCGGAGUGGCAAUAACAGGGCCAGCAGCAGGAACCGGAGGGGUAGCGGUCGGUCAGAGCAGAAGAGGGGCUUCUGCUGCUGCUGCAGUCAUCUCUGGGGCAAUCUCAGGAGUAUCGGGGGGUCCUGUGUCUGCGAGCACUGCUGUGAAGGCCAUUGCCGUCAGUGCGUCAGGGAGCACGACCACCGUCUCUUCCUCCUCCUCAAUUGAUAAGAAUACAAACACAACUUCGUCUUCUUCUUCAGGUGGGGAAGGAUCACCUGCGGACCAUCAUCAAGGGAAAGAGGAUGAUGCAGGCUUGCCGGCAAAGGAUUCUCAUGGCGAUUCAGACCUUGCUGCCACUAGCAGCAGCAACAUUGCUGCAUCCUUGUUUUCUUCCGCGAAGGAUGACCAUAACGACAGAGACUCGAGUGCAAACUCCUCAACUAGUGGCAGAAGAAAACAAGGUGCACCUAAUGGGUUGCUCGGCAGCGUGCGUCUUCGGCGCAAGUCAACACCUGCACGAUUGAGGGUUGGAGAGAACGGAGCUGUAGAUGGGGGUGCUGCCCCUAUGACGCACUCCUCGGUAGAGUCAGAUGCCAUUUCAGCACCGUCGCCACGAAGAAUGUCGGACUCUGCCACCUCGACCUCUCACAGGUCCAUGCCAAUUGGCAGACUGGGUUCACCAGCGAGAGAUUCUCAUGAGAUCGGACUGUCGGCAGAUAGCAUGGGGAAAAGAUCAGGGCCUUUCUCCCCAUCUCCAAGAUUGAAGAGCAGCCCAACCUCAGCGAAAGUGCGGACUCCUGGCACACGACAAAGUGCAUCAGCCAUGCCAGGAAGGGACCCGUCGCCUGCAGUUGGGACGGAAGCAGACAAGAGCGGAAGUGUCAUGGGCGAGAGGGAUACGGGUGCAGCGCAGCACCGGAGACUCUCGAAUGGCAACAGCAGCGGGCAUGGACGGCAAACAGCUGCUGGCUCUGCCAGAGCUUUCCGCGACUCUCUGUCUGUUGAUGUCAAGGAUAACACAAACUCUGUCACACCAGCCAGCAAGGUUUUGGGCAGGAACACGCCGGACAAGUAUGCUAAUCAUAAUCGCAGCAGCAACUCAUCUUUCUCCCCCACCUCCUCCUCUUCCCUUUCCAAUGCAGGUACGCAUCAUCAUCCUGCAGGUGCCUCGUCGUCGUCCACCUCUUCAAAAGGGUCAGGUGUGAGCGUCUCUGCACAUGCAAUGUCUCCAAGCUGGAGAAGUGGGAAUGCAUCUGCGACCUCUUCGACUGCUGGGACACCAAGGACUGGAGUUCCCUCAUCCCCUUCGCCCAGGUCACCGAGACCUCUUGUAAUGGAGUCGACAGCUCGGUCAUCAACAGGAUCAUCGUCGAUGAGAAUGAGUCGGGAUCACACACCGACGUCCGGGCAGUGGGAAACGAAGGAAAUGCCGAGGUUCAUGCUUAAGACACAGUCUUUCCUUGCAAAGGAGAAAUCAGGAGCUGGGGCAGUCGGAGGACCUGGUGGGGGGGGAGGGGCAUCCGUGGGAGGGUCUCAUUCCACUACCCAUCUCGCCCAGCAGCAGCAACACCCACAACAGCAACAGCAACAGCAACAGCAACAGCAACAGCAACCACAGGCACCUCUGGCACAGCCACAGCCGCAGCCUCAGUCUCAACUCCAGUUGCAGCCACAAUCUCAGCUGCAGCAGCAGUCGCCAACACCUCAGCAGCAGUCGCCACAGCAACAGGAGCAGCAGCCACACGCCGUCGUUGCUGUGCAGGAAUAGACAUAGUUACAUAUGAAAACCUUGUGAAGAGGAACAGUAGCCUCACUGGAAGGGCGGAUUUAGGGGUUGGUGUAGGAAAGAGAGGGGGAGGAAGGUUCUGAAUAGAGACGUGAGUACGACUCCGGUUUUACCGAGCUCAACAAGCACAUAGUACUUUGUGUCUGGACUGCUGUGGCGUCGGACCGUUGGAAGAAAGAAGUGAACGUGGAGUGACGGGAACUGGAGGUGUUGACAGACGGUGGUGGCACACUGGUGUACCUUCGAAAUUGUGUGACUGAUCGACCAAUCGAGGAAGGUUGCAAUCGGCGAGGAAGAAUUGAAUUUACUUACAGGAUGGCCCGGCUUAGGGCUCCCCCUUCCACCCCUCCCUGUUCUUUCCUUAUAACUUCUGCCAUUCAUCUCGGCCCCUCUCUCUGUCUAUGUGUCUUUGUCUUGCUAGCUCUGUGGGCUCUUCUGUCAGCUUUUCUGCCCUCCUAUAGUGAAGAACUUCAUAUGGCAUUUAUAUUCUUGCCCAUGCUACUUCUUGCUUAUGACUUUCUUCUUUUGUGACAUAAAAGAUUUUGGCUCGCUUCCGCGGCAAAGCACGCCCUGCAUUGCCACACCGCACCACUCUUUUGCACUCUGUCACUGCCUGCCCAGCUGUCUGUGCACUCUCGCUGCACUUUGGGCGCAAGCACUUGUUCCAUUUCGCUUUCGAACUCCAAACGGUCGAACGCACCGUGUCACACCUCCAUGGACGCUAACAUCUCGCGUUAACUUCUGACUACGCUGCCCAUGCGAAUCUGGGUCUGCCAACCCACGGACCCGGACAGGGGUGAAGACUACCUGGUGAAAAGGAGAGAGAGUAUACUUCUUGGCUGCUACACCGUAAAGCUGUUGUCCUGAAGGCUGCACCUGUCUCCCAGUGCUCAUCUACCAAGCAGUCGGCGAGUUCCAGACCAACUGGCAGGAACUGCAAGGAUGUGAUCGUUGCCGACCAUCAUGUCUCUCCUCCCCUGGCUGAUGAAGUGAGUGCAAGGUAUGACAGGUGUUUUGUUCGACUCGGGAGCAAGCUUGGUUGUCGGUGAUGCCACAUCAUGAACUGUUGUCAACAUCACAUCAUCACUCACCCAUCCUGGUAAAUGACUUAUCUGUCGUCGUCUCAUCCUGAAGUUCUUGUGUGUGUUUUUUUUUUCCAAGAGCGGAAGUGGGGCUGGUGUGCAGGCACUAUGGUUUCCAAGUAGUCUGCGAAGAGUUUUUUGGUUGGGCGGGAGACGCAGGGAAACUGUGGAGAAACAUUUGAGCAGGCACUGGAUGAGUGGCGGAGUUCGCAGGCGAAGUAUUCAGUGGUGUAUUACCCGGCGGCCAGAAAUGGAAAAAAAGAUGUGCAACAAUCAGUGGCUAUAGGUCGAUCGAUGAGAGUCAAAGGAGCAGGAAAGAAACAACGGGCGCGUGUUUCCUGUUCUGGACGACAGUGGUGUUCGUGGUGCAGUGACACAGAGGGUGUCGCCCCAGGUGCGCUAGAAGCUCAAGAUGGUAAGAUGGAUGCUAGACUCUACACCAGAAUGCGCCUCCAAACUAAGAAAAGGUUGCUAAUUGCAAUCCAAUUAGUCUUGAAGCUUUUUACUGUCUUGAAGUGAGGAGUAGGCCCAAAGAGACACACACAUUCUGUGGAUAUAAUUAUUUCUUCUACUGUCUAAUUAUUUAGAUGAGUGCGAUUGUGAGAGAGGGAGAGAGGGAGAGAGAGCCGGCAGACUGUCCACCUGUGUGGGUGUAUGUGUGUGCAAGCGCGCGAGUCUGUGUGUGUGUGUGUGUGUGUGUGUGUGUGUGUGGGUGCUUGCAUUCGUCGGUGGUGUGGUGAUAGGGGCGGAGAACUGUGACGCCUUCUGCUGUCUGGGGAAGUGCCUCUGCCCAAUGCAUUUGUUGUGGCUCUUCCAAGGGCAGGUGAGGGAUCUGGAGAGGUCCCAUGCCGUUGAAUCAGUGCCUUGUGAGGGAGGUAGUAGUUUAAUGCCAGCUAUCAGAAGGAAUGUUUGCACUACUUCAUCGGAGGAGGAUUGGUUGUUUGCUAUCAAGGUCUGCGAUGUCGAGCUCUACAUGUCCAUUUGGCGAGGUGUUAGUUAACUUAUGAAUGGCGGAAGAAUCUACCGAGGAGCGUUAGGAGGAAAAUCUUCUGUACGGUGAUGAUCGUGCCACUUGAAGCAAUACUUAAAUCUGCGUAUAGUAUCUAGAUAUGCAACUAUUUGCAGUUUUCGUCGAAGCCAAUGGAAUGGUGGAAGGCAUGGUUCGAUUCGCGGCAACAAAGGAGAGAAUGCGGGAUGAAGUGACAGGUGAUGGGGAGAGAACGGCAGGUAAGUGUUUCAGGUGUGGAACAACAACAUAAGUGUCUUGCAAUUAGCAUUGCACUUCCUUUUGCUCUUUCGUUUUGGCGUUCGAGCCUUCUGUAAUAUGUACGAAGACAGACAGGGGAUUCUCUUGCUGUUGAGCGCAGGGGAGGAUCAGCGUUUAGAGGGGGGAGGGGGGGGGUUGGGGGGGAAUGGCAGUGCUGAUUGAGGUGGAGGGUUGCAGCAGAAUCAGCAGCAGCCAUAGGAGCAGCAGCAGCAGAGAAAUGGCACUGCUUGUGGGAGUAGGGAUUCAGUUGCAAACACAACAAUGAAGGCUGAUAAGGCAUCGGCGAAGGGGGUGACAAAGACAGAACAUCAGUGGCAUCUGCUGGAAAGUAGUACUGGAGAGCAAGUUUGUUGUUUGAAUCAUUAGAACCUCUAUUUUUAACAAUAUCUUUGGACAUUUUGUGCAUGCGGAAUUUAUAUU